UUAUCUCCCCUUAGUUCCUCUAACCAGUUUACAAACAUGGCUGCAUUUCGUCGUCCACUGACGACCUUGGCGUUGUCUCAGGCAAUACACAAACCUUUCAUCACUCCUCAGGCUCCAUGUUCUAUGUUAGCAAGGACAUGUAACCCGGGCACUGUUGAGAAAGUAACUCAUACUGGACAGAAAUAUUCCGCUGAUGACUAUCGCCGAGUACGAUUCAUUGGCAAAGAGAAGCUGGUGAACCCUCAUUUUGCCAUUGACCUCGUUGCUGAUGACCCAGUGGUUGUUGUGGAUGCCAAAUCUAUCUGGAGCAGUGGUGGUGGUGCUCUUGGACACCCCAGAGUAUUCAUAAAUUUGAAUAAACCUCAGAUAGCAAUUUGUGGCUAUUCUGGCCGAAGGUUUAUUCAAAAGAAGUUUUAUAAUGAAGCGGAACAUGGACCAUCUAUAACCUACGAGGAGUAUGUGGCUAAUGCAGGCAAAUAAAAAAAAUUAAUCAAGUAUUUAAAUUAUAUUCAGAAGCAAAAGUGAAAAAAAACCUAAUUUAGUUGUAGUGAAGAAAA